ACCGACGCAUAUAUCUAUAUCCUACUUGGGUCUUUGUUCUCGCUACUACCCAAGUAAUUCAUCGAUCUACUCACUCACUUACUCAUACACUUCCAUUUACUCUCUUAAUUAAUAAUCUUGUCGCUUACUCGACCUCAUGUCACCAACAAAUGCUACAGUGGGAGAUGAUCUCCCCUCACUCCUAUUAUUACCCCCGCCUCCACAUCCCGCAACCCGGAUUGCCCUAGAUGCCGCAUACGAACCUCCUCUCGAAGCCGCCAUCUCAAAAUUAAAAGAUGAGAAGAACGGAAAAGACGGAUCCGUCCUAAUUGUUGCCUUAGCAUCGCCAAUUCUCACAGGAUAUUCACCACGACAAAAGUCGCUAUCCUGGUCUCGUUCUCAAUCUAUCCUAGCUGAUUUAUACAGCAUCAUAUCCGUCAUUUGCGCUCAACUAUCGGUUGCUACAGAUAUCCACGCCGGCCCGGGAUCUGUAGACGUUCGAGUUAUUUUCGUCGAUCAUGAUCCAUCAAAGCGGGCCGUAGCAGAUUCAAAACCAGCAAUAGAACCAAAUAAUACGGCAAUAAUAGAUCUUGCCACCUUCGCCUCGGCUUAUCAUCCUUGGAAGUACAUAUUUCAUCCAAGUACCGAAUCUACUUAUCAGUUACUCUCGACAUACCUCAAGCUUUUUGAGGGUAUUCAAACCUUGAAACAAACUCAGAUCGUUGUCGUUGAAGGCGGGCUUGCUAUAUCUAUCGAGCCGGCAGCCCCGCCGCAAUCAUCCCCUCAAACCACACUUCACCCAAUUGUAUGCUUAGGAGGUACAUUCGAUCAUCUCCACCCCGGACACAAAUUGCUUUUAACAGCUGCUGCUUUACUGCUGAAGAUCCCCGAGAAGGGUACAUCGCAGCCAUGUCAAUUCAUCAUCGGUAUCACUGGAGAUGAACUGCUGAAGAGGAAAAAGUAUGCAGAAUAUGUACAAUCCUGGGAUGAACGUGCAACCAACAUAAUCGAAUUUCUAUCGUCUGUGCUUGAGCUAUCUAAAAGCGGAUGGAAAGGUGGCCAGGUACCACAAAUUACUAAAAGCAACGGGGAAUUCAUCACUCAAUUCCGAGACGGUACCAUCGAGGUUCACUGCGUGGUUAUCCAAGAUGCUUUUGGUCCCACCAUUACCACAGAAAAUAUGGACGCCCUCGUGGUUUCAGGUGAGACAAGAAGCGGGGGAAAUGCUGUGAACGAUAAACGAAAGGAACUUGGUUGGAGAGAGUUAGAGACAUUUGAAGUUGAUGUUCUCGAUGCUGAGGGGAUCGUGCAUAAAUCAGCGGAAGCGCGGGAUUUUGCUCAGAAGUUAAGUAGUACAGCUAUUCGGAAGCAAAUAGCCGAGUCUCGUACUUAAUUUAGGGUUCUGAUUCUCUCUCAACUAGAGAAUACGGAUAUAGCUAAUGUACUCUAAACCAUGACCAA